ACAAAAAAUUAUUUUAUUAAGUGAAUUAAUUCAUCCAAUCAAAUGUAGUUUCCAUUUUACUUUUAGUUUUAGAAGAAUUUCCGGACACAUGAUGAAUGUUGCAUUAACCCGCUCUGUAUCACGUGCUCUCGUCAUGUGCUGAUGUGCAUGCCCCGUAUCGAAGAAAGACUAGGGAUGUCAACGAGGCUUCGCGGGCAAAUCAACUUCGACUUUGACUUUGAGCAGCAACAGCAGCGUGGUAGAGCAGUGGCGCAGCCGUGGCGCAACCAUGGCAGAGCAGUGGCAAGACAGUGGCACAGCCGUGGUGGGGCAGUGGUGCAGCCGUGGCAGAGCAGUGGCACAGCAGCAGCAGCAUCAACAGCAGUGGUGCAGACGGAUUUGGUUCGGCAACAACAGUCCAUGGUUCGGCAACAACAGUCCAGACUCCAGUUCCAAGCAGAAGGGUGAGAUGUGAAAUAGAAAAGGAAAGAAGGGUGGCAAUGAAGGGAUUGAGGGAUUUAGGGUUUGAGAUUUGUGGGGAGGGCCAAAAGGGAAGGUGGAAGAUGACUUAAGUGAAAGUGAGUGUGUGUGAGUGAGAGUCAAAGGGUGAGAGGCAGGGGCAGUCACUACAGAAAUGGAGAAACAAAUAAGGUUGCCUAGGGUUA